AUGUCGUUUUGUGAUGUGCCCGCAUCCACCUCGCUGCUGCCUGAACAAGCACCACCGCCAUUUACGACACAGUCACAGCCAAGCGAGCAGCAGCAGCAGCGGCAGCAGCGGCAGCAGCAGCAGCACCAGUACGGCAGCGGCAUCAGCACCAGUAUCAACAUGAACAGGAGGGUCUGGAACGUGCAGCAGUCGGUGCAGAGCUCACCGGUCGACACCGCGUCGCUGAGCUUGCGCGGGAGCAUGCACCUGGACGGCGUCGGCGGCAGCUCAAGGCAGCACACAGCCUCGUCGUCGUGCGCGAGCGUCGGCUCCAACCCCGAGUCACUGCUGCCAGCGGGCGGUCCGGGUCUCGUCAACUACACGUUUGAGCGGCAAGCGUCAAAUGCCUUCAGUUACUAUCUCAGCCGCGGGAACGGGCAGUACACGAGGUUAAUACCGGCAGACACCCUGCCUCCGCUCAAAGACGUCCCGAGACUCGAGGAGGAGCACGACGGCAUGGUGAUACUCGAGCCCAUCGAGAAGCUGCAUCUCGAAAAUGCGAGGGACUGUCGUCAAGUCGUCGUAUCAAAGCAGCAGCCGUCACCUCUGCCAGACAAUCUUCAGAAACAAAUCGACUGCAUCGUCGCCACGAGUCCCAAGUCGACCAGGAGGGUCAAGAUUUACUGCGACAAGUGGAUUCACGAGGGCGUCUGCGCUUUCACGCAGCAAGGAUGCAAGUUCAAGCACGAGAUGCCCCAGGACGAGGCAACGCAGCAGUCCCUCGGCCUCUUUCACGGACUACCGACGUGGUGGAAGAAGCAUACCGAGGAUCAAAAUCGGCUGCAACGUCGAGGAGCGCCCAACACGCCGCCGCCGUCCUCCUCCUCGCCUGGGCUCUCCGGGACGGCAACGAUGAUGACGGCACAGCCAGGCGGCAAUGAAGCUCUGCGAGUCCGCAGUCACCCUGUGACUCCUCCGACUACUUUCGAGCCGCAGCUGCAGCAGCAAAUUAUACAGCCGCAGAUACAGCGGCAACAGCAGAUGCUACAACCGCAGAUACAACACCAGCGGCACCAUAUGCUGCAGCAGUUACAUCAACUGCAGCACAGCGUGCCGCCGAGAGAGCCGUCGAACGCGCAAGCCAGCUUCAUGCCGGGACCGACCAUCUGGAAGGCCCCAGGCUCGCAGUGGAUGCAAAACGGCAUCGUUCCGUUCGUUCGGGGGCCUAGGCGUGCUUGCUAG